AUAAUAAAAAAUAAAAAAUUAUUUCUUAAACUAAAAACUCAUCUUUUUGGACCGACCACAUGUGAAGGCGGGAACGAGCAGAGAUGAUCUUCCCAAUCCGCUCAAACGCUCGUCGGAUUCUUUCAACAAUGGCAGCUGCAAGACCUUCCUCAACCUGUAGCAAUUACAGAAGAAAAUCCUCUGCCUCAAACCUGACAAAUUAUGCAGAAGUUGAACAAGGAACCCAUGUAGAAUUACUGCCUUCAGUCAAAAGACACCCAGUUGGAAGGCUGGAGGCUUCAAAUGAUUCCAUGGAACUUGCCCAUGAAUGUUCAAAUUGUGAAGGAGAAAAUGUUUCAAAAGCUAAUAAUGGGCCUGACUUGUUUGGUGAGAUGAAAGAGAGGUUUCUGAGUUUUAAGAAGCACAAAUUUUUGAAAGAGUCAGAGCAUUUCCAAACUCUAGCUCAAGCUCAAGCACCAAAGUUCAUGGUGAUUGCUUGUGCAGACUCUAGGGUAUGUCCCUCUAACAUCCUAGGCUUUCAACCUGGAGAAGCAUUCAUGAUUAGAAAUGUAGCAAACCUUGUUCCCCCAUUUGAGAAUGGAGCAUCAGAAACUAAUGCUGCCCUUGAGUUUGCAGUAAAUACUCUUGAAGUUAAGAAUAUAUUAGUCAUUGGCCACAGUAGCUGUGCAGGAAUUGAGACCCUCAUGAGAAUGCAAGAUGAUGGUGAUUCAAGUAGCUUAACUCAUAGUUGGGUUAUCAAUGCCAAAGUUGCCAAAUUAAGAACAAAAGCUGUUGCACCACACAUUAGCUUUGAUCAGCAAUGCAGACACUGUGAGAAGGAAUCAAUCAAUAAUUCAUUAUUGAAUUUACGGACAUACCCAUGGAUAGAAGACAGAGCAAAGAAAGAGAUGCUCUCUCUUCAUGGAGGAUAUUAUGAUUUCUUGAGGUGUACGUUUGAGAAAUGGACUCUUGAUAUAAAUGGUACCAGGCCUAUAGAAGGAGGCAGAUACUUGGACAAAGAUCGAGAACUUUGGUGCUAAAUUUCUUGCUUCUUCCAUUAAAUAUAAUUAUUAUUAAUAAUUAUGGGGAGAAAGUGUAAGGGGUUUGGGUUUGUAAAUCACAUCAUAACUUGCAUGUUGUAACUUAUUUUUUUCUUAUGUAGUAAAAACUAAAGAUGAAACGGGGUGUAGCUUAGUAGAAAAA